AUGCAGAUGUACAAGACAGACACAGUGCGCAUCUCCUACUCAUCCAUGACGACACCCACGACGUGGUUCGACCUCAACGUCGCGGACGGAAGCCGUACGACGGUUAAGGUGCGUGAGGUGGGUGGCGGCUUCAGCUCGAAGCGCUACAUCUGUGAGCGCCGCUUCGCCACGGCGCCGGACGGCACGAAGAUUCCGCUGUCAAUUGUGCGCGACGCGAGCCUUGACCUCAGCAAGCCGCAGCCGACGCUGCUGUACGGCUACGGCUCGUACGGUCUCUGCGUGGAGCCUGGGUUCAGCAUCAAGUACCUGCCAUACGUGGACCGUGGCAUGAUUUAUGUCAUUGCACACAUCCGCGGCGGUGGAGAGAUGGGCCGGGCGUGGUAUGAGGUGGGUGCAAAGUACCUGACGAAGCGCAACACCUUCUCUGACUUCAUUGCGAGCGCAGAGUACCUCAUCCAGUCCGGCCUUACGACGCCGCAGCAGCUGGCGUGCGAGGGACGCAGUGCGGGCGGGCUGCUGAUCGGCGCGGUGCUGAACAUGCGGCCUGAUCUUUUCCGCGUCGCGCUCGCGGGUGUGCCGUUCGUGGACGUCAUGACGACAAUGUGCGACCCGAGCAUUCCGCUCACCACUGGUGAGUGGGAGGAGUGGGGCAACCCCAACGAGUACAAGUUCUUUGAUUACAUGAACAGCUACAGCCCAAUGGACAAUGUGCGAGCGCAGGACUACCCGCACCUGAUGAUUCAGGCGGGCCUGCACGACCCGCGUGUGGCGUACUGGGAGCCGGCGAAGUGGGCUUCCAAGCUUCGCGCCCUCAAGACGGACAGCAACGAAGUGCUGCUAAAGAUGGACCUCGAUAGCGGGCACUUCUCAGCGAGCGACCGCUACAAGUACUGGCGCGAAAUGGCGAUUCAGCAGGCUUUUGUGCUGAAGCACCUUGGUGUGCGCUCACUCCUGCGGAAGUGA